UGGCAUUGGUCUCACAGCUAGGAAAAACAGUUUCGUUCGUUAAGGAAAACAACGCGUCUCUUGAUCUAAUAUUGGUGUUCGCAGGAAGUAUACCCCAGCGUUCCAAUUGUGUGUCUUCAUUGUAAAGCUUAAGCUUUAUUGGUUAAAAUUACAAUUAAUAUUAACUAGUGCGUGCUGUUUAUGUUGCUGUGCAAAAGGUCUUAAAGUCGUCUUUUCGACAUAUGCUUACGUGUUUCUGCUCCGUACUUUGCUUGAUUUGUGUGCUGUUAUCUUCCCGGUCAUAAGCGAUUAUUCAGUGUAAUUUUUAGUCUGUUUGCUAGACUAAAUGGGUGGUGCCAGUCGCGUAACUUAAAAUUGGAACACCAAUCCUAUUCUGGAUAAACUUUAUUCCCUGCUAAGAAGAUUUACCUCCUGCGUUGAAAUUGAAACGAAAAUCUUUGUGGAAACCAUUCACAAACAUUUUAUUCCAUCAGGUUACAAAGUGUUAAUAUUAAACAUCAGAUUGCACUUUCCGGGAAGUGUUAGUGAAAUUGAUUGAAUAUCAACCUUUACUAGUGAACGCCUUUUAAUUUCGGAAAAGAAUAGAAAAAUCUACAUAAAAAGUGGUGUUCAAAUAGUGAAGCAUUUGCAGCGCGUGUGGUUAGCGUGAAGAUUUAAAGAGGAGGAAUAUUUUUUUGUGAACCCCGGGAAAUUUUAAAGCUUUCACCAUUUUCUCCAAAGGCGACAACAUGGCAUUUGCGGGCCUUAAAAAGCAAAUCAAUAAAGCAAAUCAGUAUGUUACAGAAAAGAUGGGAGGUGCAGAAGGCACCAAGCUGGAUUUGGAUUUUAUGGAGAUGGAGCGAAAAACGGAUGUCACCGUCGAGUUAGUGGAAGAGUUGCAAGCCAAGACCAAAGAGUACCUACAACCUAACCCGACAGCAAGAGCGAAGAUGGCAGCGGUCAAAGGUAUUUCUAAACUAUCAGGUCAGGCUAAAAGUAAUACUUAUCCACAACCAGAAGGUAUAUUGGCGGACUGCAUGCUGACAUACGGUAAAAAGCUCGGUGAGGAUAGCAUAUUCGCAUCGGCGCUUGUAGAAAUGGGAGAUUCGCUUAAGCAGAUGGCUGAUGUGAAGUAUUCGCUUGAUGAUAACAUCAAACAAAACUUCCUCGAACCGCUCCAUCAUUUGCAAACAAAGGACCUUAAGGAAGUGAUGCAUCAUCGCAAAAAACUCCAAGGAAGACGUCUUGAUUUCGAUUGUAAGAAACGACGCCAAGCCAAGGGAUCUCAAAUUACAGAUGAUGAAAUCAGGAGCGCAGAAGAGAAGUUUGCUGAAUCGCUACAGCUCGCACAGGUUGGAAUGUACAACUUGCUCGAGAAUGAUGUCGAGCAAGUCUCACAGUUGGUAACAUUUGCCGAGGGUAUGCUGGAUUAUCAUUCGCAGUGUUCUGAAAUACUGAAAGUGUUAGUGGAAACAUUAAACGAAAAACGCGAGGAAGCUGCAGCAAGGCCAAAAUCUGAAUUCGUCCCCAAGACGCUUGCUGACCUAAACAUCGAAAUUCUUGGAUCGCAGGAUGGAAUGAACGGUGGGCCACAUUUAUUUAAUCCCAACAGGUUGAACAAUUCCCAUCAUCACAUGUACAGUUCCCAGCAAAAUCUGUCCAAUAACAAAAACCACCUUGCCAAUCAAACCAACAACAACAACAGUAAUUUUAACCGAAAUAGACUGUACGGAUCCCAGCAGAGCUUAGCGUCAACGCGAAGCGGUGGAACCGUCAGCGGUAGCAGUGGAUUUGCUUAUGGCUACAAAGACGUAGGCAGCAUUCGCGGUGGUGGUAGUGGCGAAAGUGGUAGUGGCGCUGCUCACGUUGUCACUGGAUCUCCCGCUGGUUUAGAUAUGCUUCCACCUUCUAGCGGGUCAUCCGUGGACAGCUGGUUAAAUGCAUGGGACCAACCAACCGUUGGAGCUGUUGGAGACGGUGGUAGUACUCGUGGGACUAGCAAAGCCAGGUCUACCACAACUACUAGCAGCGAAAAUAAUCGGUUUAGUCAUAAAACCAGUAACAGUACCGUGUACAGUACCGCAAAUCAUAGCACCAUAAUGUUUGCUAACAACAACUACAGUGAUCCUUGGUCAGGCGGUUCGUCAUCACAUCUCAGUUCGCCGGUCAAUAAACCGACACAUCUGGAACUUUUGGGUAACGGUCAAUCGCAGGCGCGUUCUACGAAUGCAUCGCCAUUACCCUCGCCAAUGCGAUCUCCUGCAAGAACACCGAUGCCAGCAAAGCAAACGCAACCAUGUUGCACGGCACUGUAUGACUUUGAGCCAGAAAAUCCAGGAGAAUUGGGCUUCAAGGAAAACGAUGUCAUAACAUUGAUUCAGCGUGUCGACGAGAAUUGGUUUGAAGGCAGUUUGAAUGGAAGAACUGGUUACUUCCCACAGUCGUACGUACAAAUAACCGUGCCACUGCCCAACAACUAAGGUGAUCUCCCAAAAUGGACACACAUUCGCGAAGGUGUCGAUAUUCAACAAUUAGGGAGUUAAUUAAAUGACAAUGUUAAAAUAAUGAAACACAAAUAGCAUGAAACUAAUAUAGAAAGAGAAUAUGGAACUAAAGGAAAAAAAUAUCUAAUAGCAGCGAAAAGAAUUAAUUUGAAGCAGUGCAACAGUGACAAGAUAAGUGGUAUAAAGAUUUUUAUUUGAAAUUGGUUUAAAUCAACCUAAAACGAACGUAAGUUUAGCAGGGAGGUAUGUUAGAUAAACACAGUUGAUUAAUUAAAACGUAAAAAAAUACUCUGCUCGUAUAAUUUUCGUCUUCUUUAGAACCUAUCAAAGGAUUGUUCAUUCAAAUAAUAAACCAACUAUGCACAUUCUUCAUAUAUAUGCAUUGAUCGGCAAGGUUAUAGGGCAACACAAUGGAAAGCAGUGUGUGUAAAAAGUACUCCAGUAGUUCAUGAGUAAACCAUUAUGCAACUGAACGAUAUGUGGAACAAAAAUAAAAUCAAGCAAGAAAACGAUUAAUGCAGUAACAUGUAUCCCAAGAAAAGCGUUUUGAAAGAGUCGAAUCCACAUGUAACAUGUAUUUAAAGAUUUGAAGGACUGAUUGUAACUUUAGUAGGUUUUAGCAACGGUCGUUGUUCUACAUUCUUAAAUUCAUAAAUUUAAUAAUUGUAGCUUAUUCUCGACGUAGAUGGCAUGAAAAAAAUGUUUUUUCACUAAUAAGUCUCACAGUUUAGCUUCUUGUGUUUCACAAAAACUCUGCAAAAAAAAACAAAAAACCUGUUUCUCCUUUUUAAAUAUUCUUUUGGCGAUAUUUCUGAUAAACUCUAAUUUUCCUCUACCUGAAUUAUCCUAGACACACAAAAAGGGGCAGUGUCUGAGACUGAAAUAGUGCGAUAUGACAGAGCGUAGAAUAACUGAGUAGUAUAUCAGAAAACGAUAUCGUUUGCAUAUUUGAAACAUUCGGUACAUCUUUGUUUGAGAGUUUCGAUAUUAUCAGUCUUUAUCAGGCCGAAUAACUCAUGUUGCCAUAUUUAAGUACAGCGAAGCUUGGGGUAAUAUGCACUUUCACUGUUUCAUAUGCAAGCACGUCAAUUUGUUACCUUCAACAAACUUUUUGUAUUAUGCAUUUUUGCGUCUCGUUCAUGUUUCAGACUUGGGCAAAUUGCCAAUAAAUUUCGAUGCUGUAAAGUAUGUAGUUUACUACUUGUUAUAAUACAAUACAAUAAAACUGCAAUACAAUCCAGGCCAAAUUGGAACUAAAGUUUA